GACGACGCCGCCGCUGCUGGCGCGCGCGACGGUGCUGGGGCCCCUGGCGCGGUGGCUUUCGCGGUCGACGUCCUGGACGCUGGCCGCCAUCGCCCGCCCGCCGCCGCCGCCGCCAGCAAGGGCGCCGCGGCCGGCGAGGGCCGCGCCGCGCGAAGGGCGGGCGCGGCGCCAGCCAGGCCGCUAGCGCCGCCCCAGCGGGCGCGGGCGCUGACGAGUCGGGCCUUUGACCAGAGUUUUGACGGCUACGACAGUUUGGACAAGUCUGGCUCUCUCCAGUCUGUGGCUCGCGAGGUCUCCUCCGCUGCCCAGGCCGACGCCCCGGCGCCCGCGGCCCCCGCUGCGCGCCAGGACGACGCCGCCGCUGCUGGCGCGCGCGACGGUGCUGGGGCCCCUGGCGCGGUGGCUUUCGCGGUCGACGUCCCGGGCGCUGGCCGCCAUCGUCCGCCCGCCGCCGCCGCCGCCAGCAAGGGCGCCGCGGCCGGCGAGGGCCGCGCCGUGCGAAGGGCGGGCGCGGCGCCGGCCGGGCCGCUAGCGCCGCCCCAGCGGGCGCGGGCGCUGACGAGUCGGGCCUUUGACCAGAGCUCGGGCCGUGGCAGUUUUGACGGCUACGACAGUUUGGACAAGUCUGGAGCGCGCGACGAGGUCGCCUCCGUGGCAUGGGCGCUGCAGGACACGGUAUCCAGUGGGACGUGGACUCGCCGCAUUCAAUUGGGUGAGUAUAAGUUCGAGGAUGCGGACCUUGAUGGACGCGCUGUGCUCGAGACGAUGGAGAGGGGCCUCACGAACGCUACGGAGCUCGACGGCCGCCGCUGGCGCCAGAACUGCGCGCCGCACGUCGCGCGCCACCUCGAGCACCCGCGCUUCAGCGUGCUGGUCGGGGAGCGGGCCCAGCGCGACGGGCGCGCCAACGCCGGCGCGGCGCGCGUCGACCUCGCCAUCGACAUCUGCGCGGCCGCCUUCCGCCGUCGACGUGCAGCACGUGAAAGGCACGUUCAACGGCUGCAGCGCAUGCGCGCGGACGACCCUGGGGCGCGGCUCCGCGAGCUCCCCGAGCACAUAUUGGCGCUGCAGCGGGGGGCCGAUGCCUUUGACAACGGCCAAGGCACCGCGCGGGCCUCUCAGGACGACGCCAUCCCCAUCGAUCUGGAGCUGCCCCUCCCCUACCUCGUGCCUGCCCACCUGCAGCCCGCAG